CUUUUUUUAUACAGUUGUUAGCGACUAUUUUCUUUCUUUCUUUUUGACAAAAUACGACAUAAAGCUUCGACGCAGAGCUUGAAGUGUUUUAUUCACGCUGCAGAUUUAGCUUAUUCUGUUACUUUCACUUUGAUUUCGUCGACUCAGACGUUCAUUUCAAUAGAAUCCUGGUUUAUUUUUUUUUAUCAUUAUUUUAUUUAUUUUUUCAACUGGAAAGAGAUGAAGAAGAUAAUUACUUUUUUGUUAGGAUAUAUCUGCCUAUUUUUCCUGCAUGGUUCAUCUGGAGUUAGUGCAGGUGAUGUGUCAGUGUCAGUGAAUGAGGGAGAUUCAGUCUUUCUACACACUGGUGUUAAAACAAACCAACAAGAAGAGGUUGCAUGGUAUUUUAAUGACACUCGUAUCGCUCGAAUCACUGGAGAUUUUAGUUUAAUCUGCACAGAUGAUGAGUGUAAAGAUAGAUUCAGAGACAGACUGAAGCUGGAUCAUCAGACUGGAUCUCUGACCAUCACAGACAUCAGAACCACAGACUCUGGAGAUUAUAAACUAGUGAUAAUUAGCAGCAGCAGCGACAGUAUAAAGAUCUUCAGAGUUGCUGUUAAUGAUGUUCCUGCUGCUCAACGAGAUGAAAAGAAGACCAAGUCUGUAGUGGAGGGACAGUCUGUCACUUUAGACCCUGAUGUAACCAAAAACCCAAAUGAUGUGAUGAUGUGGUAUUUUAAUGACACUCUCAUCGCUGAAAUCACUGGAGAUCAGAGUAAGAUCUGUGAAGAUGAACAGUGUAAAGAGAGAUUCAAAAACAGACUGAAGCUGGACAAUCAGAGUGGAUCUCUGACCAUCAUGAACACCAGAAUCACAGACUCUGGAGAUUAUAAAACUACAGAUCAGUGGCAGCAGCAGCAGCGUUGUUAUCACCAGUUUAAAGAGCUUCAGUAUUUCUAUCACCGGUGAGCAUAAUUCUAUGCAUUUCAGUGCAUUUUAAAAUACAUUUCCGUGUUUUAUAUCAAUCCAAAAGAGCAGCU